CUAAGGUGUUGCUUGUGUAUUAUACAGACUAAAUAAGGUUACAUUUUUAUUUCUAGAAGUUGUCGUAGAAGCAGCUUGCGGCAGUGGAUGCAGGGCGGGGCGAAACACGAAAUUUACGCUUGCAGUGAAGGCAUGACCUAUGUUAGUGCCAUUGAGUGUUUAUGAUGGAUCGCCAAUUGGCCUUGUCAUUUGUGGCACAGUUUGAUCAAGUGCGCGGAUGAGGCAGACUCAGCCGCUUGUGUUGUCGCCUUUUGCGAAGUCUGGCCGCGCAUUUUGCGAAAGGGCAUCUAGAGUAUCCGGUAGGUUGGACUGAGUCAUACGUACACCACUGCAGCCAUGAAGCGCACAACAGUUUGUGUACAUACAUCGAAGACAAAUAACAGCACGAGCAUAUUUUGGUUAACCACAUAGCUGCUCAAGGGAACCACAUCCUUUCGACAGAUGGAGAGACUGAUACAGAAGAUGCAACAUGCCAAAGAUGGAGUGCCAGUCAAAAGUCAGAAAACAUUCCUAACAAUUAUUCCAUCUGUAUUUACAGGUGCAGAUAUGAUAACUUGGCUGAAGAGACAUUUGAAAAUAAGUGAUGAAGAAUAUGAAGAAGCUCAGCAUUUAGCUACUCUCUUUUGUCAGCAUGGUUAUAUUUUCCCAGUCACCGAUGCCAAAGUGCUUGUUGUCAAGGAUGAUGCUUCAUUAUACCGAUUUCAGAAUCCAUACUACUGGCCUUCUCAGAGCAUUGAUCCUGACAAUGUUGCAUAUGCAAUACACUUAACAAAGAGAUCCAUGAGAAACAAGCAGAAACAUGGACUCGAGGAAUAUGAACAGCUUGCCCUGGUGAAAUUACAGAAAAUGUUAUGUGAUAAGCGGGAGUUCAUUGAGUCUCAAGCACAGGAUCAAGUCAAAAUUGCUAAAGAACGAAAACGAACAGAUAAAGCUAUUGCUGACAGCCAAGAGCGUGCCUUUUGGAGGAUUCAUCGGCCACCUCCAGGGCAAACCAAGUACAUUGAGGAGGGACCAAAACGAAAUUUUCAGCCUAGUCAAAUGGCAGCAAGAAGAAUACGGAAAGAUUUGCUGUUGAAAGAGGUGCUGUACCUAAGAAAGGCUUUGAACAUGUGCAGAGUAAAGAAGAGUCAGGCAAUAGAAAGUUACAGAAUUAGGGCUGAGCUCUAUCAUGACAAUGACCAUAUGCUCCAAGCUCCUUUACCAUCAAAUCCAUGGAUAUCAGAAGACACAGGUUUCUGGGAUCUUUGUGACUCGGAUUAUCCAACUGAAAUGCGGAUACGCCUGUGGAGUUUAAGCUUUCGGGAACUGCUGAAAGAUCCUCUAGGUGUGCGAGAGUUUGAAACCUUCCUGAAAAAAGAGUACAGUGGAGAGAAUUUACGCUUUUGGUGCGCUUGUGAAGAUCUGAAAUUUACACCUCUGUCUAAUGUACGCAACUGCAUCCAGACAAUUUACAGGGAGUUCUUAACACCUGGUUCUCCUCAUGAGGUAAACAUCGACAGCAAAACAAAUGAAAAGGUUCAACAGAAUCUUCAGUGCGAAAAACUGUCUCGCUUCACAUUUGAUCCAGCUCAAGAGCAUAUUUUUGUCCUUAUGAAAAAGGACAGUUAUCCUCGGUUUCUUCGGUCAGAACAGUACAAGACAGUUCUUGCAAAUGCUCUGCAACCAGAGGGCAAAAGAAGGUUCUUUAAUUUUGGCUCCCGAAAGAAAGCAACACUGACUCCUAGUCCUAAACCCAAGCGCCGUGGCAGUGCCAGUAGUGAAAAUAAUGAUGGAGAAGGACCAACUUCUGUAGCUCACCACUCCUACAGUACAGGCAAUCUGCGAGAACUUGAUGAAAAGGCUGUGGUGCUCAGGAGAGAUGCCAACUCCUCUGACAGCAGCCUGACAAGGUGUGAAAAUUCUCCCAAUUUACCACGUAGACAUGAACGUGCCUCAUCCACAAGAAGUGAAAGUCCACGUAAGAGCAGACAGCUACAAUUGGAGGUACCCAACAAACACAUGUCCCUGCAUGUGAUGGAAGUACGUGGAGAUUCUUCCUCUUGUCUGGCAUUAUCUGUACCCAGCAAGACCAAUGUUGUUGCACCUUGGGAAGGUUCUGAGUGAUGAAAGAAAACCAAUGAGCAUACAGGCAUUUUGUGCCAACAUCCUUGCUGAAGCAACAUUUAACUAACAUAGCUGCAGUGUUUUAGAUAUCAUAUAGAUCAUUUUGAAGAGUUUUGCUGUUACAACAUACUUCUGCAGAAUUGAUAUUUUUAUGACACCAUAGAUUAUUGACAUUGUGCAACUGUGUUGCACUUUUCUCCCAUUCAAACUGGAGUAGAUAACUGAAGUGUUUAUGCAUUGCCUUGUAUUGCAAGACAUGAAAGAACUGAAACAUGGUACACAAGGAAAUGGCAAGAUCACUGACUUAAUGGCAAGCAGAUUUAUUUUUAAUUUCGUUUACUUGGUAUUUAAAAAUCUUAAAAUAUAUCCUUCUUCUUAAUUGUUAUUAUCUCCAGUUUCACAAUAAUUUACAUUUAAGGUUAGAAUUACUUUUUUACUUAAAUUGUUGAGAAUGGUUUGCCCUGUCAUUAUGACUGAGCCUUUUUCAGUUUCUGAUGUAGUUUUAAAUGACUAAAUUAAGUCUUUAUUUGACCAUCUGCAGAAAGAUGAUUUGAAGAAGAGAAUAAAACUAAUGUUAUGGAAUCAGCUUACGUAUAUAGUAGUGGACAGCAAUCAAGUCUUUAUGACCAUGUGUAAUAUGACGAACUAACACUUACCUUUCAUACACAUGAUGUAUUACACACACAACACAACGCUCAGUGAGCCCCCACCAGAGAGAAUGAAGAGAUUUGUAGGUGAAUCGAAUCAAAGAAGCACAAAUUUCAAAGGAAUGUCACAGAGAGUCAUAAAGAAGAUGGCGGAGAAGACAGUUGUGUUUUUCCACUCGGCCAUUUUUAGAGCAAUUGUUUUCUCUUUUUACCACUCCAAGUGAUGUGGAACAAAUGGCGCACGCAAGACACCAUUCGUAACAGCAAGACAUACCACAGCUCACUACACCAUGAAUAUGUGUAUUUCAGUAUAUGGGGUACAUGCAUAUUUGCUGUGCUUUUUCCCCCACUAGGUUAUAUUUUCAUAACUCUUUAAACUAUGUAAAGUUGUCAAUCAUGUCAAUUUAGUGUUUGAACUUUUAUACUAAGAUAUGAUUGUGUAUAAAUUGAUCUCGAACUCGAUGCCUACAGUGUCCAUUACAUUUGGCUGUCUGCUGAAAACUGAUCAGGUUGAAUGCACAUCCUUGGCAGACUUGUGGUUAUUGCAAAAGCAAAACCAAAAAUUGAAGUAAAUGUAUGACAACAUAUCCUCCUCCUCCUUGAAUGCUUAAGCAGAAGUGUUCUUCCCUUACAUGCAUAGCUCAUAUUUUAUAAUGUGUUCAAAGAAUCUUUAAAACUUUGACAGUUGACUUUUGUGUUAUUGACAGUUUAACACAAUUUAAACAACUGAAUUACUGCCUGCUGUUAGAUAAGUAAUAAAUUAUGUGUGUGUGGUAUUAGCUCAAUGUGGAAGAUAUGCAGUUGCUAUUGGUGUGAGAUAAUGACGCAGUUGGGAAUGCAUUCCUUGGUUUAUCUGCUGAUUUUAGAAUGAAGAUUUUGACCUUUCUUAUAUGUAGCCCUAAGGAACCAAUUUGAACUAAUCAGGUGCUAGGGGAAACAAGCAUGAAGCCUCUUUAUCUGUACCCUUUCUCUUAGCUGUUGCUUGAGGUGAUAGAGCAUUAUCAUUUUCAGUAAUAAUGGUGUGUUGCUGAAAAGUGAUUAUCAAAAUACCAUCAAAUUUUACUUCUAGAAUGUUGCUUUGAUGAAACAUUGAUAGUGACAGGUACUUUUAAUCAUAAUGGAAAAUUAAGAACUGCUUUAGCAUCAUCUCUAUUUUCAAAGUGAAAAACAACACAUUACUCAUUCCCUUUUGCUAAACAUAGCAAUGUCAUAUCCAAAGAGAAAGAUUGAAGGAAAAAUUUUAAGUAGGAUUUUAAAUGUAAUUUGGUUUUUAUAAAGCAAAAUAAACCUGUCUUUGGCUGGAGUGCAGUGCUAUAUAAUUUUUCUUAUUGUAAUAAUAAUAAGAAUGGCAGGGGUUUUGUAUACAUAUCCUAUAUGCAGCAUUUGUAUUGGACUGUGUUGCCCUUGCCACAUAUUUACUUAAGGGAAUAGAAUAACAAAGAAGAUCCAUGUGUUCCAAAUAACCACAAGCCUACCGCAAUUUUUAUUACUUCCACAAUACAAAUUCUUAUUUGAAUAUGUUGUACAGCAUAACUAGAUGAUAAUGGAUAUCACGGCUUACUAUUUUCACAAAUGCAAACUGCUUACGAACUGGCUAUUAGUUUGUUUGGAGUUGAUCAUCAGAACUGUUAAAAUAGAGCUAUGUUAGAAAUGUUUGUUGAUGGAAUUAUCAGGAGCAUUGAAAACAGUUCUAUUAUGUCUCCACUGGAGUAAUUGUUGCAAAGUUUAGCAUGAAUAUAUUGAAGUGCAUUUACAAGGAAAUGCAUGGGUGUUUUUGGAGGGGUUUUAAUUGUGUGACAUGUAUCAGAUCUGCUGAUAAAACAAGGAAACUGGUGUGUACAAACAAAAAGUGAAAGCUUCAAAUGACCCACAAAAAUGUACCGUUAUUGUCACUACUCAGUACUGACUGCACCUGUGCUACUUUAGGUUAGUGAGCAUUAUGUGGUGUUUUAAAUGUCCAGCAAAUGGAUGCAUUUUUGUAAAGAUGUGGUGAGAUUGGCAUCUCUUGUACUUAUGGACAAAAAAGAAAAUAAGAAAGAUACAGGAGAACACUACACAAUGUGCAGCAAUCUCACUUUUUGUGCACAGGCAUGUAGCAUGUGCUGUGAAUGUUUUUGUUGUGUUUUUAUGAAUGCUACUGUUCAUGAAACACAAGCAGCCUUUUCUCCCAUGAAAAUCUUCUACAUUUAUGCACAGACCAAUGUAUGUUAUCCAGUUAGUUGAGACAUUGUUGUUUUCUAGGUGGUUGAGAUAAAGCUUCAGAGUGAGUUGUCAUGAAUAGCUGCAGUUUUGCUUGUGGUCUUUUAAAAGACUCCUCUUUCAAGAAUGCAGUCAUCAACAAAGCUACACUUGUUCUUGUUGUGAUUCGUUUUGUGUUUAUGCAAGUUCAGUGUGAGAUUUGGGGUUUUUUUCCAUCUCUGCUAAGAUGCUGACAUGAAUGUUCACUGCUCAUAAUGCACAGAGUAAUGAACGAAAUAUAAUCUCAGAGCUGCAGGAGGUGUGCUCACUUGUUUAUCAGCAGCUGUAUAAAUUCUGAUGAACAAAACCUGCUAAAUCUUUCAUUGUGAACCCAUUUUGACUUGCAUAGAGGAAUGGAACUGUAGUGCUAUUUGUUUGCUUUCUGGGUGAUGUUUGUAACAGUAAAAUUUCCUUGAGACCAGUCGAAGGAAGCAGAGGCUUCUGCUGGAUCACUCAUUGUAUGUGCAAUUAUAUAAAUGUUGGAGAUCAGGUACACCCGUAAAUGUAUCAUUCUGAUUGCACAUUAUAGUAUAGAGCUGUAUGAUGAGGGUGCAAGUUUGUGCAUGAUGUGAAUAGCUCAGCAGCCUAAUAGAUUACCAUGGAUGAGACAUUGGUUUAAUUAAUUGUUUAACUGAACAUGUUAUAAAAAGUAUAUAUAAGUAACAUGAUUAUAAAGGCCAUUUGUUGACUCUGUAACUGUUUGAGAUAUUGAUUAUAGUAGAUAAAAAUGGUGUAUGCAAUCUUUCUAUACGCACUUUUUUGUUUACAGUGAAAUGUUUAGGUAUUUUUUUAAAAGUGUACAUGACAAACUGUGAAGUGCAUUUAGCUAAAAUGAUGUGAGCAGAGUGAGCUUUUAGAUCAAAUCAUUUUUCUGUGGGUGUCUGCUUACAAAAUUUUCAUUGCCACACUAAUUCAUCGACAAUGUUCUCCAAUAAGAUUCUUCAAAUGACAGAUAUUUUGUGACAUUGGCAUCAGUUUCGUUUAAUGCAUAAUACAACAGUAAGAAGAUCACAGAAAAUGUCUCAAGUCCUUUGUCCAUUAGGUCUAUGUUCUUGGUAUUUCAUGCCAUGUUCAUCUUUUCCUCCUGAAAGUAAGUUUUAUUUAUCUAAUUUUUUUCCCCUUUUUAUUGUCAUUUUUUCCCACUCUUUAUCACUAUUUUUUACUGGUUUCAGAUCACCCAUAGACAAGAAAGCAUCAAAGUAAUUAAAACCACUUAUGGUUGAAUCUAAAGAAAAAAAAGUACAUUUCAGCAUUUUAAAUAAUAAAAACUGCUUUUGUUUGGUAAGGUAUUUUCAGUUUCUCUGUAAAAAACAUUAGCAAAUCGUUUGAAAGAUUUUACUUUAGACUUUUGUGCAUAUUGUAUGUUUUCAGUAGCUUCUUUCCCAUAUAUUUAAAAUAAUGACAAGUUAUUUUGUCAUUGUUACAUUGAGUGUGUGGAGGUGUUUUAUCAUGUACAACGAUGAAGUAGUAAAUGCGAUUUUGAGGCAAAAAUAUCAACAUAAGUUCGUUCUGUGUGUUAAAGCUUUCUUUCUCCAUCAGUAAAUGAUUAGAGAUGGAUAUUUCUGUUUGGCAUUUUUAAAUAUCUUGGGAUAAUUUUAUCCAGUCUUAUGCUGCUUAAGUAGCAGAGUAGGUUUAAUCAGCAAUUUUUCCAUGAGCUGUUUAAAAAAAAACCCAACUGUAUCAAAUUUUGAUGCACUUGUGCUGAUGGACAGAUUACUUGGGUCUGGAAGAACAAGUAGGUUUGUGUAGUAGUAUAGCACAAAGUGCUUGUUGUCUGCAAGAUAACAUAUAGUUGCAGACAAGCAACAGCUGAUAUACCUGGUCCCCAUAUCUCUCCUUCUUGGAGACACUACACAUCAUCAGCUGUCCUUCAGUCACCCUCAAGAAUUGAGUGAAGGGGGUCCACUUCAGUUCUGGCACAAGCAUUUUUGCUUCCUGCACUGCUACAAUAAACAGUAUGACUUUGUUUUAACUGUGUUUGAAAUACCACAUAAAUAAUGCCAAUCAGGAACUAUUAUCCAUAGUUCUUGUGAACCUUUCUGUAAAUAUUAGACCUGUUCACUGAUAAUUUGUACAUAAAUCUAGUAGACUGGCAUGAGGUGUACAACUACAAUUGCUUGGAGAGCCUGUAAUAUAUUUUGAAAAAAAAUUCUCAUGUGACAAAGAGUGCAGUGUUGGCACUGCUACAGCUUGUCAAUACUGCUGGUUACAAAUUGUUUAGGCAAUUGUUCAUUCAAUGUGUUCUUUGACUUUGCAUCAACUUUCCUUAUGGGAUCAGCUUUAUGUGUUAUCUUUUUUAAAUGGCAUGUUGCAUGUUACUCAGACUAGCUACACAGCUACUGUCACUGGGUUGGUUGGGUUUUAUUUUGUUUUGUUUUGUUUUUUUUCCCUUUCUUCAUACAUGGAAGAAGCUCUCUUUCUUGUAUUGUUCAGUAUGCAUUUGAAUUUGAUGUACAUAUUGCAGGGUUACCUGACCAGCAAUGAAAUCAAUUUUUACGGGUGAACUUUGUUUUCUCACAUAGUAAUGUUGAUGGCAGAUCGGGAUGCAUCAGCGAGUGUCUUGAAUGCUUUUUUGCUCUCCCUUUUCCUCUCUUUCAACCUGAUGUUAAGAAGGGAUCUCUUUUACCCCACCCUACUCCCCACCCCCAUCAGUUGAUUCAGCUUCUGUUGCUGCAAACUCCCAUUUGAACAUUAAGUGUGAAAGGUGACAAAAUCAAGGUUCAACAUCUGUCAAUGGUGUGAUCUGAUUUUGCUUCACAGUUUCUUUACAUUUAACUGGCCAUAGAGAAAAAGAAUUCUUUUUCAAGCACCUUGUCAGAUUCCACGUAGUAUAUUUAAAUAAUGUCUUGGUCAGAUUCUCCAGUGCACAGCGCCUGCCUGUCUUAUAAUCCAUCUUCUCACCAUGACUGUGUCACACUUACCAUUUAUAAUCUUGGUGUGGAGCAGAACAUUGCACUCUUCAUUUUGUCUGUAUUCUGCACAGCACCAACAAGCACAUGCAGUGAGGUGGUUGAUACUGCAUAUUCGCAUGUUUACACAUAUCUUUGUAUGUGCACCUCACUUGUGCAAGUUCCUGCUCACGUUAAUACACACCCAGUCUCUGUCUUGUAAGGAAACGUAAGAAUGAGUUCUUAAAGGCAAAUAACAGAUGACCUGUAUUAUUAGACAGCAGCACAUUAAGUACUUUGUGCAUUGUUAGUUUUUUGGACUACAAACACUUUCUGCCUGUUUCCGAAUUCAUCCCCCUCCCCAUCCAAAAGGGGUUAGAGCUCUAAAAUCUAUUGACCAUAGCAUUUAUAAAUUUACAAGUCCUAAUACUAUCUCAAGUCAUGGUUUUAGCUUUAUUACCUUGCUUUCUGAAGUUCCAAAUGGGCUUGCUUAUUUUGUCUGGGUAAAGAGGCACUUGACCUAGACAAAUGAAUGCCAUCGCUUCAUGAGUGAUGGCAGAAAAAGAUCAGCUAGACAAAGAUAGAUUAAAAGAUCACGCAAAUGUUUAUUAGGUAGCAAGUCUUGUACUCCUAUCUUCCCUCUCCCCCUCCCCACAUGGCACAUGGUUGUAUUUCCAACAGAUGCUUCUCACCAGCAGUUUUUAAUAUAGGCGAAGAUGUAUUUUAGUACUUCAGUUAAGAAAAAAAAUAGAAGAAAAGAUCAUGUGGUGUAUGAUUAAUUAUGCAUGCUGGAGAUCAUAUAAGGGGGUUAGACUGAUGCACAGGGAGGGGAAGAGAGUGAUGAAACUUUGGAUGACAGUGAACUCGUAAAGCAUUGUAUCUGUUCUCUUUAAAAUGCAUGUUGGUAAGUGGACAAACAUUUUAAACAAAUCAUGAGUAGAGUAUAAUUAUGACGCGGUCAUAUCCUGGAAGCACAGGAUUGUUAAACUGGAUUAUGAAAUUUUUACUAGUCAGCUGCCCUCUCCGCAACACAGUCUUUCAUAUGGCUACCUGUUGUUAACAAUGUUUUUAGAAAUAAUGUUGUUAAAGUGCAAAAUAAAAGUUUUAUUUAUUUCAGAACUGUAUAAAUUGCAUAAUAAUAGCAGCUGACAGCCUUCUUUGGUUUUAAAGUGCAAUUUUAAAGUUAAAGUGAGCAGGGUCUUAUGUAGUAUUUGGUCAUCAAAUGAAGACAUUUGUUUGCAAAUUUGUAAUAUGUUUGGAUUGGGAUUGUCAGGUGUUCAUAGAGUGCUUAAAUAGCUGCAAUAUAAGUUUUAAUUUGCAUCAAUUUUACUUUUCAAUUGAUUUAAAUUGAGGGGUCAUGUAAAUCUAUAAAUGCUGUAAAUAGUGUAAUUUGUUUAUAUAGUUUAUCUGCUGUCUUCAUAUAGCAUCUGUUUUUGUGGCCUCCACAAAGAUGUUAAAAUAUCAGUAUCGUUUAUUUCUAGUUGAUUUGAAUAUUAAAUGUGAUAAUCUUUUGUUUAGUUGUAUCAUCACAUUUUUGCAUUGUUACGAUGGCAAAUGUGGUUAAGAAAUGUUGACUCUUUGCUGUCGAUGAAUCAUUUACGUGUUGCAAGGCAUGUAAUUUUGCCUAUAGGAUCACCAGUAUUUCACUUAUGUUGAUAGUUUACAAGGUAUAGCGCCUGUCAUUGGUUUGUUUUUAUUUUUAAACAUGGACAUAGCAUUUUGCUUCAGAUAUUAACUUGCUUGUUACUAUGUGAAAGAGGAGGAAGAUGAUUGCACUUGAUAUGUAAAAUUAUGCUAGCAUGCUGCUGUCAUUAACCUUUGUUGCAAAUCUUAACAGACAUGUAACAAGUCAUAGAAAUUUUACUGUGUUCAUUAGUCUGUUGAACAGAUCUCCUUAUUUAUAUAUUCAUAAUCCCACCAGACAGUAUUUGCUUUGUUGAUUUAUAUAUACUUUUUUUAAUAGAACAUUCUAGUCAUUUAUUUUUGAGACUUUUAUGUAUUUUAUAUUUUUGAGACAUUUCAGCCAGACAUUUGGAAUGAAUUUUUUAUCAUCAUCACUUUAAAAUUUAUUAGGGUUUUUUGGUUUUUUGAUGCUGAGGGGUGUAUACAUUCCAACUUUUCCUUCAACUCCACUUUACCUCUUUUUUUUUGCCUGUAAGUGUAAGGUAGGCUGUUUCUUAAGGAUGCACUGAUGUAGUGCAGAUAAACAGAAGAGCCAUGCAUCAUUUAAACAUGCUCAAGUGAUCACAUAGCGUGGUUUGGUGUUCAGUUGGUCAUAAAAUGUACAUCUUACAGAUAAAAAUUACAUUAACAGGGUAAUACUUCAAUAUUUUUUUAAUUUCUGCAUGAACAAGCAGUCACAAUAGAUUCUAUACUCCCAUUCUCCUAAUACAUGUGUACAGAAGAUAACAGGGAUUUAUGUUGCAAUACAGCUGUUGAGAAUUUUCGAGAUAUAUGAUUUCUUGUUCGAUGAUCACAUAAAACAACAGAUUCAUUAUAGCACAACCAACAAAGCUAGGACCUCAUUUAUUUAGUUCCAGAUAUGACAUGAAAAUGUGCCUGCUUUGUUUUACAAAAGAAAAUUUAUUGUGGCUUAAAGUUCCUUAAAAUCAUAUGGGUAAAAUCAGUACCCCCAACUGAAGGGCUUCACAUUUAGUUUGGCUACCAAGUAUAGGCAUGCAGGUAAUUGCAGAUUUUCAGUUUAAGUCAUUAAGAGGAAUUUUAUCACAACACUUCCGUUGACCUGCAUAUGCAGGGGGAUAAAUUUGUAUUGACUUUAUAGCUGUCACUUGCAAUGAAAAAAAUAUAUGUCUAUGCAGUUCAACAUUUUCUUCUCUUUCUGCCUGCACGGUGUUAACACAUGCACCUACAUUGCCAACUGUAUUUUCUAAAGCUCACCAUCUUAAGUCUUAUUCUUUAGACCACCAGUCCAUUUAUUUGGAUUUUUUUGCUGAUGUGAGGCACCAUGAAUCGAAGGAGCAUGUGUGCUCUGGAAAAGGGAAUUAUUUUUUUAAGGUAAUUUCCCUGCAGUUUUUCUUCCAGGCACAUGGACUAAGUUGAUGCAUGAUGUAGAGACUGAGCUUUGUUGUUUGCUUUUGCUGAUACUGCACAUCUUCAUUAACACUGAGUUAGCCUUAAAAGUAAGUGCUGUAAUAAAGAUGCAUUUUGAAAUGUUCACUGCUCGAAAACAGUCUGAAUAAAGGUAGACAGAUGA